GGCUGUUUGGUUAUUGGUUAUGCUCUUGCAUCAAGCUUUUGCGUGACGAAUAUAAUUGUUCUAAUCUUUAAUUUUUAUCACUUUUGAAUAAUCAUUAGUCUUCUGAUACUCCUCUGAACUAUUUAGUACAGUGCCAAACUCAUUUUGCGCCUCGCUCGAAGUGCGUUCCCUGUCAAUCCAUUUGUUCCACCCCGUGUCACCACAGGACAUGUCUCCUUAGUGAGCUGCAUUUUUUCUUGCACUGAAACUUUCGACGAUCACCUUCGCAAAAUGUUUCUCACACCAUCGCUCCUGUCGUUUCCCUUUUAUAGGCUGAUGAAUGAUGACUACAUUCCAUCGAAGAACGUUCAAGGUCCGUUCAAGUCUGGCUUCAUGUUUUUGCUGAGACUAGCAUGGCAGUCUAGACUUCGUUUGCCUGCUUUAGUUUUUCUCGCUUACAUGCUUUUUGACAUUCGUAUUCAGUUUGAGAUGGAUAUUCACCCGCAACGAGAGCUUAUAGAUGAUGAUGACGAUGAUGAUGAUGAUGAUGAAGAUGAUGAUGACGACGAUGAUGAUGAUGAUGAUGAUGAAGAUGAUGAUGAUGAAGAUAUUGAAAAUGAAGAAGAAGAGGUUUAUGAACUCGAUGAAUUUGAGCCUAAGGUGACCAGAGGCGAGAUAGUUUUCCAGAACGCAACUAAAGAACAAUGAAACUAUGCAGCGCCAACUACAAGAUCAAUCAGCUGCACUUGAAAAAGAUACUAAAGCAAUUUCAUCCAUCUUUGUCUCACCUGAGACAGAUAAUUCAGCCAGUAAAACACUACGCUCACUUUAAGGUACUCCUUUUUUUUCGAGGCAAAAAUGGUGUGUUUUGAUGUUCUGCUUGCAGCAAAUAUCUUCAGAUGAAUAUUCAACCUUCAAAUGUGAGGUAGAUCUAAAGAUCUUUCUGUCCUAAGUGCGACAAAUCACCAAUUUUGAAGCAGAAAUGCUGGGUCGCAGGAAUCGUUCAGGAUUUUCACACUUGCGUAUGGUGAUGUUAAAUACAAGGAGAUGAUAUUGCCCAAUAGGUCAUUAAAAUUACACCCAAACUUUUAAGCUUUAAGAAGUUGUGCCAGAGAUCUAAUUUAUUUUUUUAUUUUUUUCAUGUCACAGGAAUUUUGUACUUACAUUCAAAUCAAUAAUGAAUGACAGGAAGAGUGCACCUCAUUGAUCUUAUUUCAAAUGGUUCAAUUUUCACUAUUUAUUUUUGUGUGUUUACAUUUACAUGGCUGGUAUCAUACAAGAAGUUCUCAUCUGGUUGGUCUAGAAUUUUAAAUUUUAUGAAUGAAUGGUACUUGGAUUGCUAAUUUUUUAUUCUGGGCAAUCAUUUUACAUCAAUAUUCAUGAGAUUUUUUAAAAAUUGUUUUUUAAAGCUGUUUAGUGGGGAUCUUACAACCUACAGUUUUUAUGAAGUGACAGGAUUACAUAACCUGCAUUACCUCCCAGAAUUUUCUUUUAACAAAUGAUGUACAGAGUUGCCAUUUUUUUUUUCACUACCUCAAAUACCCCUGAGGGGUUAAUCCUUCACUUGCCCCCCAGCCCUUCUCAAUCUCUCACUACUCAACAACCAGCCCAAGGCAACCCUUGCUCGGGUGGCCUUGCUGUGAAUUGAACUAGGGACCUUUAAUGAAAGGGUCAGUGGCACAACCAUUAUGCCAUGGAAGGCGAACAAUUAUAAUGACUAUCUUUCAGAACAAUGUCAUAAGCAAAAACAUUUUGGUGGAGCUAAUCAUUGAAAGCAGCAAGCACUUGAAGUGUAAAGCUGAAAAUUUUGGAGGGAGAGUGUAAGAUAAAAUAGAGUGUCAACUGUACGAUUUUGCACAGAAUCAGGUUGCUGCUUCUACUAAUUACAGAUUUUUUGGCUUUGAAGAUCCAAUGCAAGGUCAAUUAGAAGUUUUAAUAAGUCACCAAAUGACUGUCAAAAUGAGAGUCCUGCAAAUCCAUUUCAGAAAAUUAAAUUUUUUCCUGGCAAAAUUGUGCAGUACAAAAAAAUUUGCCAAAUUUCAUCCUAUCUAUCCUUACAAUAAUUUUUGACGCACUGAUUGUGCUCAUCGCUGAAAAAAAAUAAAACAUGGCAGUGUUGUAGAGCAAUUUUUUCUGAGAGAAAAAUUUGAAAUGGAGUGAAAGUAGGUAGUCAAACACCUCUACCUCUUCUUUUCUCAAUUUUGAUAAAAUGACAAGAAUACAAUCGUUCCAAGGUGCUCUGUAAUAACAUUUAUUAGCUGUGCAAACUUUAAGACCUUGUUCGUAAUGUUGUUUCUUUUAUCCGAUUAUGCCAACCCUGGAUCUCAACUUAGUGACAAGAAUUUGCUCUUAAUCUUUUCCAGAUUAAAUCAAAGAGAUGGAAAUCAAUAAACUUGUUUUCGCAAUUCCAUACCUAUCCAACUUAACGUAUAAAUUAGUAUACCAUCUAUCGUAGUUUAGCUAUUAAUUUAUCGUUUCCUUUUUCUCACCGUUGGAUCUGUACAAUUAAAAUGGCUGUAUCAGCCUGAUAAUUUGUUUGUGUUAAGGACAAGUUUUCUCAUGUAUAUUAACCUUGAAGCUCUGAGGCAUGAUCCAAGAUUCUCUGUUCCGAAAACUCGAACCUCUUAUUGAGUUUUUCGCUGGAUUUAGUGCUUCCCAUCAGUCAGUUAAUGGUAACAGACGUUAAUAAAGCAGCACAUUGUGAAUCAGUCUUGAGGACCUCAGUUUUUAGCAACAAGAUGAGUCAUUAUUUGUAUCUCGCUAAAUUUAAUUGAGCACUCGAGUUAACAACAAUAUCAUUUCUUCGUCAUUUAUUUUUCUCAGAGUCAGCACCUACUAAGUUUGUUCACUCCUAGAAUGCGACAGAAAAUCCGCCAUCUUGCUGCUUGUGUUUACUCUCCAUGCAAAAACGACGUUUGAUGACCUUCUGUUGCAGUCCAAAAGUGCUUAAACUUAUUUGUUGAGGACGCUAUAAAGUUACGAUUUCUUUGUAAACAUCAGGAUCUAAAAGUUCGAUGGAAGUUAUACAUUUAAAGUUUCUUUUUUUCUUUAAUUCUAUGCAUGAAUGUAAUUUUUACUCACUCAAUAUUGAUACCUUCUUUUCUCCCAAAGAAGAUUAUGUA